AUGGACAAAUUCACCGAUCGACGGCUGCGGAAAGCAUGCGAUCGCUGCCAUGCGCAGAAACUGGGCUGUCAACGACAAGACAACGAGAAAUGUAUUAGAUGCACCAAGGCUAACAAACAAUGCACGUGGAGCAUCUCCCUUCGAAGCCGGCGCGACUGGGCGGACACAUCUGACCCGGUGGUCGAUAUCGCGAGUAGUAAUGAGGGGAACGGCCAAAGCGCAGAUGAGCAGCAGAUGCAAGACACAGCCAUGGUAGGAGGAAAUGGGAACCUCAACAACUUGAAUCCAUCCACAGACUUUGCUCCUGUGGAAGAGGAUUUUCCCGAUUCACAUAUCUUUAAUGAUUUCCUCACUGCGACUCCUUCUCUAGAAUCGCUGCCGGAAUUGGGCCACAUCUAUUCCAGCAGCAGAGAUAGCAUGGCUACUACUGUUAGUUCCAACCACGCCGUACAGCGUCAGCACCGUAUCCGAAGCGCUGGUUCUCCCAUUCAGGACAUGAUUGGCAAUAAUCUGCAUCCUUCCCAUCUUCAUCACAAUUUGAUGCCAUCUCAAUUCAGCACCUGGACUCCCGAGGAUGAGGAGGGCGAUCCCUUUAGACAAGCCCGCGACGCAAUGUCAAACAACAAAAGACCGCGUCACGGAGACUGGGACUCUUCCUCUUCCUAUUAUGAUAAUAACAUCACCGGCUCAUUUCUGCAGCCAAUUGAAUACUCUCGGGCCAACGCGCGCUUUAGGAGCCGAGCUAUGCCAGUUCCAGUCCCAGCUCCUGGAAUUACUUCAACUGCUACUUUGUCGACAACCCCGCCGGGGCUAACCACCGAUAAGCCGGACUGGCUGGUCCAGAUCUUUGAAAUAAACGGCGAGCUUUACCAACAGGCCCGAGUUGUGCCCCAGUUUAUCAGGGAGGCCAAAGAAAACUCGCUCUCGGCGUUUCCUGCUGUUGGUGGCGUCGGCGGAGCUUUUGACCAGGUCAUCCGCUUGAGCAUGCGGCUUGUCGAUAUUCUACAGGAGCUGAAUCAAGGGCUGGAUAAUAAUAAGAAGAAGCAUAGUAUGAAUAAUGAUGAUGACGACGACAAUGAUGAUGAUAAUAAUGGCAAUGGCUUCAACUCUCACACUAACGCUUCGGUCGAGAAUUAUUUCCCGGCCGGCGAUACUUCAACAGCGAACACCACUUAUGGACUUGAUUCUGGCUCCCUGCUCAUAAUUCUUUCCUGUUACAUACGGAUUAUUGAGCUAUUUUCCAAGCUGUUGCUGGGAAUCAAGUACUUGAUGACCAAAUCAGAGAAAAAUAGCAACACUCUGCCAGACCGAAGAUUAUUGCACCAAAUAAAGCACCAUUUACCAACCCUAAUUCUAGGCUCGACCUCUGUGGAUCUGUAUCCGCACAUGCGCGUUGCUAUCCUUCUCGAGUUGGUCGAGCAGAUUUUGCAGACUGUGAGUUCGCUUUUGGAUCCGCUGGUUCGUGGUCGCGGUGGACAGCAGCAUCAACAACAAGCCGGUGGGGUUUUUGGGAACACGCUACAAGAGUUUUAUGACCUGGAAAAGGCUUUGUUGGGCGUCGUGAGUGGUAUUCGUGCUUUGCUGGGGAAAAAGAAAGAAAGAUGA